UUAUUUAUAUUAUUUGCACACGGUCAAUAGCUACAUAUUAGUUAGGCCAAACACGAUCUGCUUAUAUUUGUUAUAAAAAAGCUUAAAGAAGGUCCAAAGAUUUGAUUUAAGAAAGAAAAUAAGUAUUAGUACCUUCACUUGCAGAUUGGAAAUGGCUGCCGCGGUGAGAGGGUUUCUGCGCACAGGAGCUCCAAGGUUGAAUUGUGUCCGAACAAACUACACAUCAACAAGGCCCAACCUCAAAUUGACAUCAUCCACUAAAGUCAUUUGCCAGGGAUUUACUGGAAAACAAGGAACAUUCCAUAGCCAGCAAGCUAUUGAUUAUGGGACAAACCUUGUUGGAGGUGUUUCCCCUGGUAAAGGUGGAAAAACCCAUCUAAACCUGCCUGUUUUCAACUCAGUGCAAGAGGCGAAAUCUGCUACAGGAGCAGAUGCGACAGUUAUUUAUGUUCCUCCGCCAGGAGCUGCUAAGGCAAUUCUAGAAGCAAUUGAUGCAGAAAUACCACUUAUUGUGUGUAUUACUGAAGGCAUACCUCAGCAGGAUAUGGUAAAAGUUAAGCAUAGGCUUCUGGCACAAGAUAAGUCUCGACUUGUUGGUCCUAACUGCCCAGGCAUAAUUGCUCCAGAACAAUGCAAGAUUGGAAUUAUGCCAGGACAUAUCCAUCAAAAGGGCCGUAUUGGUGUUGUGUCCAGAUCUGGCACACUUACAUAUGAAGCUGUUCAUCAAACAACACAGGUUGGUCUUGGGCAGACAUUAUGUGUUGGUAUAGGAGGAGACCCUUUUAAUGGUACAGAUUUCAUUGACUGCCUUGAAGUGUUCCUUAACGACCCUGAAACGAGGGGGAUUAUACUAAUUGGAGAAAUUGGUGGGGUUGCAGAAGAAAAAGCAGCUGAAUAUUUACUUGAGCACAAUUCGGGAGAUCAAGCAAAGCCUGUUGUCUCUUUCAUUGCUGGUCUGACUGCCCCACCAGGGCGAAGAAUGGGCCAUGCUGGUGCUAUUAUUUCUGGUGGGAAAGGGGGGGCCCAGGAUAAAAUUAAUGCCCUUCAAAAGGCUGGAGUGGUGGUGACAAGGAGCCCAGCCCAAAUGGGAAAUGAACUCAUGAAGGAAAUGAGGAAACGUGGCUUAGCUUGAGAAUGUUAUUCAACCUUUUACUAAUUAAUAUUGCAGAGCUUUAUUAAAGUGAAUGUGUAUAUAUACACUUUUUCUCCCCUAUAAAAUAUUUAUAUGUGAAAAGACAUAGAUGCAUCGAUUUUUAUGUGUGAAAUGUACUGAUAAAUACGAAUGAGUCUUGAGAUACGUCAUGAAUAUUUCAUGUUUUCUUGGAAUUAGUGUGAGAUUUGUUGUACAGCUUUUGCUGUCCUUUUUGUUAUUCCUCUGUAAGUACUUGUUGAAGACUGUGUACAGGUGUUGAAAAUACAUUUUUGUCUAUAUUAUGAGAAUAAACCAGGACCAUUGUA